GCUCUCUGCCAGCUGAUUGGCCUCCUCCAACAUGCUCCGCCCCCUGCUCCUCCUGUCUGCUCUCAUUGGGCUGCUGCCUGGUGCUGAGCAGCAGUAUGUUGGUUCUGCAACAUUAAACAUCUCCUCUUGUCCCAUCUCAUAUUAUGGAGAGCAGUUCACAACGCUGUAUGUGACUGCCACGAAUGAAGUAUUCACAGCCUGUUUCGACAGCAUUGGUGUGGACUGUAUUACUGGGCCUCCAGUCGAUAAUCAGACAUAUUUCUACAAUUUACUGUUUGAGAAUGGAACAGAAUUCAAUGAUAAUUUGCCAUCUAUUUCCAGCCCACUGAUAUGCUCAGUGGAGUUGAGUGGGAAUAUCAGUUCACUUCCUUUUUCUCUGAAAAUAAGCAGCCUUGGCUCACAAGCAGCUGUGAAACUAGAAGCAGAAGACCCGGGUCCACAUGAGUUUGAAUUUGUGGUCAUCGCUGAUUCUGUAGAUUCAGUGAAUUUGACAAACACAGGCCCGAUCUACAAAGACAUCAGCGCAUGCAGAUCAGGUGUUUUGUAUUUCUAUGAUGAUGAGAUCAGUUCUAACCCAGACACCUGCUCCACUGCUUACUGUGAUAGUGUGGCAACCAUUCAGAUUGAUGGAUGUCCCCCACUGCAGCGUUGUCAUGGCAACAACACCUGCAAGUUUGACCCCAUCUGCACUGUGACCGGCCCCGCUGUCAUUGACUUUAACGACCAACUGAAGACUGUGGAGGAUCGGUGUGGGUACACCCUGCUGACAGGUUCAUCAAUCCAAAAUCUCACUGUGGUGGCGAACUUCCAGGAACGUCGUCGUAGAGAUGUGAGCUUUUUGGACAGCGUGACACUGCGGCUGCAGGGGCAGGAUGAUGUUCACCUGGAACAAGGCGGGAUAGUUAAGGAGGGGAACACAACACUGACCAUCAACGGCUCGACUGAUCUGGGAAACGGUGUGGAGGUCUUUGUGGACCCAACUGGAGUCACUGUCACCGUGUCGCACCCCGAGUCCACCACUUCUGUCUUCUUUGACGGGAACACUGCACAGAUCAUCUUCACAGGACCUACUGGACAAGAUCCAGAACUGGGGGGAUUGUGUGCCAACUCCAGCGCGUCUGUGAGUGAUGAGAGACUUCCUGAGGACAUUGGCAGCAGCUGUGAGGUGCAGUACAAUGACACUGCUGACAGUUCCAUCAACUGCACCAUGAUGACUGAACGCUGUAACCUCCUGUUGGAGGAGCCCUUCACCGCCUGUCACGACCACACCGACCCAGAGUCCUACAUAGACGCCUGCAUCGACACUUUGUGCAAAUACCCUGCGGUGGACGGUCUGAACUGUCAGUUCCAGGAGGCCUACGCCAGAAGCUGCAACCUGCGCAGCAACGACACACUGGACAGCUGGAGGUCAACGGCCGGCUGCUCCCCCCCUCAGCCCUUCUGUCAGGGAAGGAUCUGCAGCGAUCAUGAGUUCUGUGCUGAGACCAUGAGUAGUGGAAUCGGCUGCUUCUGUCGGGCCAUUUUUGCCUUCCCGUACAGAUCGAAUGACACUUUGGGUGACCCGACGGUCUGCGAGGAGAACUCAGCCUCAGUUACUCUGGUCGGGUGUCUCCUGGAGGAGAAAGGCAUCGACUAUACGAUGUUACACCUCAAUGACCCCACCUGCACGGGUCAGAUAGAUGAGCUGGACCACAUGGUGACCUUCAGCUUCAACAGCAGCAACACCUGUGGGACGGAGGUCAUGGCCAACAACAGCCAACUGAUCUACAUGAACAGCAUCGUAGGCAACAACAGUGUCUCUGACAACAUCACUCGCCAGGACCAAGUCUACAUCGACUUCUCCUGCGUCUUCAUUCAGCCAGAUGUCAACACUGUGACCUUCAGAAUCAAAGACAGCUCUGUGAUUGAGAAGAUCACAUCUGGAACUUGGAAUUACACUCUGACCAUGAAGGCCUACACCGACGGCGGACGCACACAAGCUGUGGACUCCAACACUGAAGUCCAGCUGAACCAGCAGAUCUGGGUGGAGCUGGAGACUGACGGGCUGGAUGACGGUUUGGUGGCCCUGGUGACCGACUCCUGCUGGGCAGCCGACCAGGCUGAGAGUCUGAGAUACAACCUGAUUGUAGACGGCUGUGCGAACCCCGAUGAUCAGACGGUGAAUGUGAUGGGAAACGGAGAGGGAACGUCCAACUACUUCUCCUUCAACAUGUUCCAGUUCUCUAGGAGCUCUUCUGAGGUCUCUGUGCACUGCAAAGUCAACCUGUGUGGCAACCUGAACCAGACCUGCACCCCGUCCUGA